GAGAAACAACGCCGUCCGGUUCCUAUUGAACCUAGCAUCCCAGGUGGUCGGGUAGUAAGUAUACUUGUACCUAACCAAGUGAUGUUCAGGGUCCAAGUGUAUGGGUUGACAUUCAAACGGCGCGCAGUGCAUGGAAGCGGCAUCGAAGCUUUGACCAUGUGGACCCAUCGCGUUGGCUCAAGAGCUUCGACUCCGUGUCGCGAAUGACGAGGCGCGGCGGGUUUCAACGUUGGCCUCCCGUUGCCGUUGCCAUGCCCGACACCCGUUUAUCGUUAUCUUCACGUGCGUACCUGAAAGUGUCUAACCAGACUGGGAAAUUUGGCUUUAAUUGCUGCAAGCAUUGUGUCGCGCUGGCGCAUUCGUGGUGAGGCGUGUUCCUCUCGAAUCAAGGCGCCGGCAACGAACUCGAUGGACGCCGCCGAGUCCGCAUCGCCAUGUCUGCUCAACCACUCCCCAGCAACGACAAUGACGUUUCCAUCGCAACGAUAGCCCCCAAGCAAGAAGCGCCAACUUCAUCCAAAAAACUUCCCCCGCCAGAGAAGCCGUCUGACGUGCGCCGGCGCAGCCAUGUCAUCCUCUCCUUUUGGCUGAUUGUCCUCCUUUUGGGUCUCCCCAUAUGGUGGAAGACCACCACCAUAUACCGCGCCGAUCUUCCCUUGGAGGACAUGUUAGAAUGGGCAGACGGAAAGGCCUGUCGCCCUGUCUUCCCCCUCCGCAUCUCGAUACAAGCCACAUCGCUUCAGGAUCAAGAAGCUCAAAACCUACUUCGGCUGACCCAGCACGCCCUUGAUGAUCUUAAUGAUUUCGCCGGGCAUCAUCUUCGUCUUCAGAUGGGCGAUGAGAAGCAGGAUUCGGCCGACAAUGGCAGCGCCUUGACUAUUCGCCUCACUCCAGGCGAGGGCACAACCGCAACGCUUGAUCCAUACGAACCUAUUCUGGAUAUCACCUACCCACAAAACACGAUACCCUCUCCAACCGCUUCCUCGUCGGCGCUUGCCACAUAUAUCGCAAGUCAGCUAAGGACCACUUUCGCUGAGGAACAGGCCACCAUCUCGUACCUCCUCUCGACGGACUCGAUGCCCUCGGAACACAGGCCGCUUGGAUUAUCGCCAGAAACCGCCGAAGCUCUUGCCAAGCGCACGACAAGAUCCUUGAAAUAUGCGCCGACUUACCAUCUUACCUUCUCUCUGUUUACAAGUGGACCUCUACCAAGUAGCUGGGAUAUCGAGACCGCCAUCGAAGAGUACAUGAAGCCCGUGCUGGACGUCCUCUCGCCGAUUCACAAUUUUACGAUCGAUACCCAGGUACAACUAUACGCUUCACCUGGUGUUCAGAACGAAGUUCUCAACAAGGAGGAUUUGUCCUCUUUCAUCAACGCCGCGGAAUGGCCACUGUCGCCCUCCAUCGGUGGUGCGCCAACCAUCAACUUCAUUGUGUUUGUGGGGAACCAAACCAUCGCGUCCCCUUCGCAGGAGGCUGCGCCGACCUCCCAUUCAUGGCUGAUCCCCCAAUGGGGCACCGUCUUUCUGCUGUCCCUCCCUGGCGACACCACCCACGUCGCGGCCGCCACCCUCAAGCAGCCCCUUUUGACAUUCACCUCUCACCUCUUGUCACUCACCGGCACCCCCGAGUCAGGUUCUCUACCCCUGCGCCUCUCCACCCUCGCGCGUAUCCGGUCUGCCGACCUGCUCCUCCGUGCCUCGUCCACCCUUGGAUCUCUGGCCCGUCUUGCCAUGGCUCUUCCCUCCAUCUCAAUCCCGAGUAGCGUCGCAGACGGCGUCACAAAGACCAUGUCGCACUUGCGCCUCGCUUGCGACAACCUAGGCGGCACGGAAGGACUGGCUCACGCGCGGAUUGCAGAGGCUGAGGCGGAAAGGGCGUUUUUUGAGAAGAGCAUGGUUGGGCAGUUGUAUUUCCCUGACGAGCACAAGAUUGCUGUUUACCUGCCGCUAUUAGGGCCGGUGGCGGUGCCGUUGGUUAUGGGGUUAAUUAACGAGAUUAAGGCUUGGAGGAAGAGGAGGAGGGAGAGGGCUGAGAAGGGGGCUGAGAAGAAGGGGGAGUGAGUAAAUUAUGGGGAUAGCGAGCAUGUUUUUUCUAUGUUGCUGUUAUUUCUUUGUUUUGAGUAUGCAUUAUAGGAAUGGAAUGGCAUAAAAAUAUGAUGGCUGUAGGAUUUUGUGUAUAUGGACUUGUGUAUUGUUGAGGGGAAAGAUAUUAGAGUUCUGGGCAACUGAUACUGUUUGGAAAGUAGCUGCAAUGAUGUGUGGAAGUUCUUAGUCAGAAAUCAUCGAAGCGGGUUUAGCUCAGUUGGGAGAGCGUCAGACUGAAGUUAACUUUAGGAAGUCAAUCUGAAGGUCGUGUGUUCGAUCCACACAAACCGC